UCAACACUAAAACGGAAUGUAUUCCUAGGAUAUAAAUAAGGACUUGCAGCUCCGCCCUUGGAAAACCUCCGAAGGCAGAACAAAUAAUCCACCAAUGGGGAGGCUUGUUUUCUUCUCAUUUAUCUCCUUCUUCUCUUUCCUUACAACAUUCUCUGAUGUGAUGAUACCACAAAAGCAAGUCAUGGCACUCCCUCUGUCAACUGACUCACGGUGGGUCGUGGACGAAAACGGGCAAAGAGUGAAGCUGGCAUGCGUGAAUUGGGUAUCACAUCUUGAGGUCAUGGUAGCCGAGGGGCUUAGCAAGCAGCCCAUGGAUGGUAUCGCCAAGCGGAUUUUGUCCAUGGGGUUCAACUGUGUUAGACUCACUUGGCCAGUUUUCUUGGUAACCAAUGACACUCUGGGCUCCCUCACUGUAAGACAAUCCCUUCAAAGCCAUGGUCUCCUCGAAUCAAUAUCUGGUAUCCAGGCCAACAACCCCUCCAUCAUUGAUCUCUCCCUCCUUGACGUUUACCAGGCAGUGGUGUCUAGUCUUGGGAACAAUAAUGUGAUGGUGAUACUGGACAAUCACAUAAGCAAGCCUGGUUGGUGCUGCAGUAAUUCUGAUGGCAAUGGCUUCUUCGGUGACCAAUAUUUCGACCCGGAUCUAUGGAUCACAGGCCUAACUAGAAUGGCGAGCAUGUUUAACGGUGUGCCUAAUGUGGUGGGCAUGAGCUUGAGGAAUGAGCUUCGAGGCCCCAAACAAAAUGUCAAUGAUUGGUACAGGUACAUGCAAAAAGGAGCUGAAGCAGUGCACUCAGCGAACCCCGAUGUUAUUGUCAUUCUAUCGGGCCUGAACUAUGACAAAGACUUGUCUUUCCUGCGCAAUCGACCAGUGCAUCUAACAUUUAGUGGUAAAAUAGUGUUCGAAGUGCAUUGGUAUGGCUUUACAGAUGGGGAGGCAUGGAAAAAUGGCAACUCGAACCAAGUGUGUGGAAGAGUGGUGGAUAAUAUGAUGAGGGUAUCUGGAUUUUUGUUGGACCAAGGCUGGCCAUUGUUUGUGAGUGAGUUUGGGGUGGAUCAAAGAGGCACGAAUGUUAAUGAUAAUAGGUACUUGGGAUGCUUCCUUAGUGUUGCAGCUGAACUUGACUUGGACUGGGCUUUGUGGACACUAGUUGGAAGCUACUAUUUGAGGCAAGGUGUUGUAGGAAUGAAUGAGUACUAUGGAGUUUUGAAUUGGAAUUGGCGUGAGGUCAGGAAUUCAACAUUCUUGCAGCUUAUAUCUGCCCUCCAAUCUCCGUUUCGAGGGCCAGGUUUAUCAGAAGCUAAUCCACAUAAAGUGAUUUUCCACCCAUCAACGGGUCUUUGUGUAUUGAGGAAAUCUAUGCUUGCACCACUAAGGUUAGGUCGUUGCACUGAAUCUGAAGCCUGGAACUGUACACCCCAGAAGAUGCUGUCAGUGAAAGGAACAUAUUUCUGCCUACAAACAGAUGAUGUGGCCAAACCAGCAAAACUUGGUAUAAUAUGCACAGAUUCUAAUUCAAAAUGGGAAACCAUCUCAGAUUCCAAAAUGCACUUGUCAUCUAACGCCUCGAGUGGCACAACUGUUUGCCUAGAUAUAGAUUCCAACAACACCAUCGUGACAAAUACUUGCAAAUGUUUGAGUAAAGAUAACGCAUGCGACCCAGAAAGCCAAUGGUUUAAAUUAGUUAACAGCACAAGAAGUUCUACCAUGACAAAACUUUGACUCGGAUGAAUGCAAACCUCAAUUUCCCAGCGAAGGACUUUUUGAUGAAGUUUUUAGGCUCAGUACUGUAACUUGUAUGGCAGAAGCUGCCUAUGGAGCACCUUUACAAGUUGCUAGUGUGGGCGAACCUAAAAGAAGCAAUAAUCGGGUUGAGCUGGCAGGACUGUCGGAUGCAUCAAUCAGAACAUUCUCUCUCCUGUCCAUUUCCCUUUGGUCAAAUUUAGCUGCAAAUUAGUGCAGGUUUAGUAUUUGUAUAUUUGCUUAUUGCAGAAGCUAGCAGAUGGACCCAGGCACUAGUCUACUAUCUAGUAAUAUUGCAACCAACUAAGCAAAUAUAUGAAAAGGACUGCAGCAUUUUGUAGACUUUCUAAAA